AUGGCUCUUCACAGAGAAACGAGAAACAUGGUUUUGACCGAUAGCUUGUUGGUUGAAGUUUCUGACCUGGAUGCUGAAUAUGCUUGCUCGGAUGCAGAAGAUGUUGGCUUGGUUGUGAAAGAUGAUGGUUUGGUUGUCAAAGAUGAUGGUUUGGAGAUAGAAGAGGCUGGCUUGGAUGCAGAACAUGUUGGCUUGGAUGCAGAUAAUGAUGGCUUGGAUGCAGAUGAUGUUGGCUUGGAUGCAGAUAAUGAUGGCUUUGAUGCAGAUGAUGUUGGCUUGGAUGCAGAAAAUGAUGGCUUGGAUGCAGAUGAUGCAGGCUUGGAUGCAGAUAAUGAUGGCCUGGAUGCAGAUGAUGCAGGCUUGGAUGCAGAUGAUGUUGGCUCUGAUGAUGAAGAUGAUAAUAAAAGAGACUGGUAUAACGUUACAACCACAAAAAUAUUUCCUACUGCGGUCACAUGA